ACAGUUCUAAGGAUGACUGUAUUUUGAGUUUUCCCUGUUGCUCCCGGGGACCCGACUCUCUGGAACUGCUGUCAACAUCAUCCCCUCCCUUAGACUUUGGCAGAUUUUCAGACGUGAGAUUUUCAAAUUCCAAGCAUCAGCAACCAUGCCUGACUUUCUCGGAGUCUGGCUGCCCCUCUGGAUAUGCACUUGGAUAGCAGCUGUCGUCCAAUACGUCAGCCACCGCAACCAUGGCUUUGUCACCGUCAUCACUUUUCUUGUUGCAGAGUUUGGGGCGUUGGUAAUCUGGGCCUUCUACGGGAUGGUCCUGUAUCCCAGAUAUUUCACGCCAUUCCGGCAGCUUCCCACACCACCUGGGCGGACACUCAGGUACGGAAACAGGAAGCAAUUUUUCCCCGAGUACGCCUGGGACGAUGUUCGGAAUGCCGCCGAAACAGUCCCAAACAACGGGCUGAUGCGGUUCUACGAUGCGCUCAGCAAGGAAGCGCUGGUCGUCACCAAGACAGAGGCGAUCAAGGAGAUGCUCACUCUGAAGCCGGACGACUUUGGCCAUCCCAAGAACGUGCAGUACCUGAUGCACAGGCUCACAGGGAGCAGGUUUAGUUUCUUGAGCCCACAUGGGCACAAGGCAUUUCGAAAGCACCUCCGGCCGGCAUUCACAGUAGCCCACAUCCGAUCCAUCAUGCCAACCAUCUGGGGCAGGUCGGACCACAUGACCCGCCUAAUCAGGCGCGAGCUGCAGGCCAACCCUGAUCCGCACCACACCGUUGACAUCCGGGACUACCUCCGGCGAACCAUGUGGGACAUUUUCGGGUUGAUCGUGCUCGGCCACGACUUUCAAACGCUGGACAAACCCGCUGCGGGCACGCGCGACAAGCUCGUUGGGAUCCUGGGCCGCAUGAACGGUCGACUGGUGCAGUGGGCCAACUUUAUCAUGACCUACGUCGACGUGCGCCCGCUGCUGAAAGUGCUCAGCCCGCUCCUCAUGAAGUCCCCGACGGGUAAAGCACUCGAGCAGAUUCGCAACUCGGUCACGCAGGCCGUGGGCAGGAAGGAAACUGAAUUCCGCGCGGACACGGCAAAAAGGGGCUCCAAUGAACAACGGGAAGGGGAAGGAGAAGGCUCCGGGCGGGACAUUACGCACAUCUCUCUAAAAAGCGGCGUGUUCCCGUCCGAGGAGCUGAUCGACAACGCCAUGCUGUUUUUGACGGCAGGGCCCAACUCAACAGCGGCGGCCGUGGAGUGGGCCAUUUACGAGAUGUGCCGGCGGCCCGAGAUCCAAGCCCGGCUGCGCGACGAGAUCAACGAGUGUCUCGAUCCCGCACAACUCAACGGGACGUCUGGUUUGUCGGGCGCCGCACUGCUCCGGAACCUGCAAUCCCUUCCCUACCUAAGCGCCGUCUGCAACGAAGUCAUCCGCUACUACCCCUUUGUCCCGCUCAGCCCGCGCGUCGCUGAGCGUGACACAUCGCUUCUUGGCGUGCCGAUUCCCAGGGGGGCUACGUUGUUGACGCCGGUUGAGGUGUUUAAUCGGAGCAAGGAGCUGUGGGGGCAUGAUGCAGAGGAGUUUAACCCGGACCGAUGGAUGGGUGUGGGCCGGGAGACCAAUGGUGGUGCGGCGAAUGCGUAUGCCUUCAUGUCGUUUGGCGCCGGGCCGGGGACGUGCAUUGGUAAGGACUAUGCCAGGGCUAUGAUGGCUUGUCUUGUGGCGGCGCUGGUGAGGGAGUUUGAGAUUGAGGUGGUGAAUUUGGAGACGGCGGGGAGGUUGCUGCCUGCACCGUUCAAGAAGUCGCUGGAGGGCAUGCAGGUGAGGCUAAGGACGCUGCACCAUUCGUGA